UAUAACAAUACAUUCCUGUUAAUCAUUGAAAUGUUUAUAUCUAUCUGCCUAUCCUAAAUCAAAUUAGCACUGUACUUUAAUGCUACAUGAUAUAAUGGAAGUUUUGUUUUCAGAAAAUUCUGACGAGUGUGCCAAUUUUCUCAAUGCAAUAGUUGAUGACAUGCCGACAACUUCAGAAAAUUAUCGCAAUCUAGAAAAUAUAAAUAUAAACACUACAACACAAAACUUCUCAUCAAUUGAUGUCCGAUGCAAUGAAACUUUUCAACAAUCUAUUUCCGAGAAUGAAUGUGAUAACAAAAAUUACAAAAGAAGAAAGCAUUCCGAAAAUGAUUCCAAUCCCAACACAUAUACCGAUGAAGGAAGUUGUAAUUUCUUGAAAAAUAAAGUGGGUUACAACGAUUCCAUAAAAAUGUUUGUUGGGCAGAUACCGAAGAGUUACGAGAACGAAGACAUCAAAGCAAUGGUCGAAAAUUAUGGCGGAGUUCAGGAAAUUCACAUUCUCAGAGAAAAAGCUACCUCGCAAAGCAAAGGUUGCUGCUUCGUAACUUUUGAAAAUAGGAGAUCUGCCUUAGAGUUCCAGCUCGCAUGGCACAAUAUUAAAAGCCUACCGGGAAUGAGGCAUGCAGUACAAAUAAAACCCGCGAACGAGUUAUCCAAAAAUGAUCGCAAAUUAUUCAUCGGAAAUCUGGAUAAAAGUCUAGGGGAAGAUGAUGUAAAAAAAUAUUUUUCUGAAUGCGGUGAAAUUGAAGAGUGCAUUAUACUAAGAGGAGUCAAUAAUGACAGUAAAGGAUGCGCCUUUGUUAUAUACUCAAACAAUAAAGAGGCAAAUGCUGCCAUCACUAAGUUUAACAGAUCAUUUCUAAAGUCUACGCAACUACCUCUACUAGUUAAAUUGGCUGACAGUAAGCAUGCCAAAGAACUCAAGCGCAUAAAGAGAAAUAUAUCACCUGUAGGAAGAUCAACCAUUUACAACGAUAAUAAAAAUUUGGAAUUUUUGAGUGAUAAACUAACUAAAAAUAGUGAAAAAAAUUAUUUACAACCUUCUAGAAUAUAUGGACCUUAUGCCUCCCAUAUAAAUGCAAUAAAUUUACUUAAGCCCAGUACUGAUUUUCACACGAAUAUAUCCAAUGCUAUAUUGCAUGAUAAAAGUAAUCUUUUUUGCCUAGAUUCUGAGAAAUAUAAAAUUGGAGAGGAUUACCAUAUCAAUAAGCUUUUAGAUUUAUUGAAAAUUCCUGAAACACGAACAUAUCAUCAAAAUGACUUAAUAGACAUUGUAAAAGAUCUAAUAUUGGGUAAAGAUAGGAUGUUAAAUGAUCGUUUUUAUCAUAGCAGCCGCAAUAGCUCGCAGAAUGAUUUAAAAAAUUUAUUGAUAAGAAAACUUUUAAAUUCAAUUAUCGGUCCUGAGGAGCAGGUAAGAAAAUCAUAUGGGACUAAUAUUGAUGAUUUAUUUGAAAUCAUCUCUAGGAAAUUUGACAAUCAUAACGAACAACAUCCAUCAAAAUUAUCAGAUAAUAUAUCUCGCCAAAACAGACAAACUGAAGGCCCAGAAGGCGCGAACUUAUUUAUAUAUCAUUUACCAUCGGAAGUAAAUGAUAAUGACCUCACCAAAAUGUUUGAAAGAUAUGGGAACGUUCUUUCUGCCAAAGUGUUUAUAGAUAAAAGAACAAUGCUUAGUAAAUGUUUUGGAUUUGUCAGUUUUACCAAUGUCAUUUCUGCCAAGGAAGCCAUUAAACACAUGAAUGGUAGACGUUUAGGAAAAAAAAAUUUAAAAGUCGAACAUAAAAUAUCAAAUUAUAGCAACUCGUACAAAUGAAAUUUAUUCAUGUUUACGUCCAUUAAUUAAUAAUUAUAA